GAUGGAGCGCAAGCUGUUGGUCGCCUUAAACUCUAACAUCAUAGGCAAGAGCAACAUACAUGGGCGUGGAAGCUCCCAAAGCUGGAUCAUGGAACAGUUCCAAGGUGGGAAUGAAACCAGGAUCAUCGCAACUUCCCUAUCUGAUGAUUCAAGGGAUAGGACUGGAUGACUUACUCGCACAUCGUCCAUCGUCCAUCCUUCACAGCAUCCUGCACAAUCAUCAUCAUUACCGCGGUACAAUCACAUGAUUCACGUCCAGAGAUCUUCAUGCUAUGGUUGAGACUAAAAGCGAUGCAUCUCUUGCAUACCCGCACCCCUUUGAUAGUGAGGCGCCGCCAUGCUCACAUUUCCCAUCUAACAACACGGCAUUUUGAGUUUCACGACAUUGUUUGGCCAUUGCAGCCAGAGAUAACACGAUAGAUAAAUAGAUCACGAUACCGAUGCCGACAGAUCACGAUACUGCAGAUCCGUGUCUCCCUGGUAAACUUUCGGUCUAAAAGGCCCAAAGUACGGGGGAGAAGGAAAGGGGAGAGAGAAACAGUACCUACAUCGGAAGGUAAGACAACAGCGAAACCAGGAUCCAGAAUCCAGAAUCCACAAUCCAUAAUCUGUACAGAGCAGUCCAUCAUCCAUUAUCCGUUAUUAUACCCAUCCUCUUGCAUUGUUUUGUUUACAUGAUCGGAUUGUCUCACACCCUCACACCCUAAUGGAUUACUAGAGCGACGAUAGCUUUCUUACCCGUACCCACAUCCAUACCACACCCAUACCACACCCCUACUCUCCCUUCUGCGCCGACAAGCCUCCCCAAAUUCCCUCCCUUAUCGCUUCGUCAGUUCGGUCUGCGUGAUCCAUUCGUCACUGAUAAACUCAGACGCUAACCCCCAAAGUGGCCUAGAUCCAAACGAGCAUCGCCCCCGUAGUUGCCUAGUGCAUCUUUGUCGGUUCCCCGAGCUUCGCAGUUCGUGUAGUACUUCAACACCUCUCAUAUCCUCCAUCAUCAUCCAUCAUUCAUCAUCUUCUUCUCUUCUCAUCAAUACUCUUUCUCUCGAAGACAGCAUUAUCACUGUUCUUCAUCAACCACUCUUAUACCACCCCUAGUAAUCCAAGCAAGCUUCAUAUAAACUCUUUGUUUUCUCUCAUACAUCACAUCUAUUCAUCAUGCGUGGAAUCUUCAGCGUAUCGCUUUUGCCGCUAUUGGUCUCUGCGGCACCAUUCAGCACCGAAACCAUUCACGAAGGCGCUGCUCCUCUUCUUUCAUCAGCAAACUCCGUAGAGGUCCCAGCCUCCUACAUUGUUGUAUUCAAGAAGCACGUCACCGCGGCAUCUGCCAGUGAGCAUCACAGCUGGGUUCAAGACAUCCACUCCACUGGCGAAGCUCAACGAACCGAGCUCCGAAAGAGAGGGCAAUUCCCAAUUACCACCGAUAUCUUCGAGGGUCUCAAACACACAUAUAACAUUGGCAGUGACUUCUUGGGUUACUCCGGUCACUUUGAUGACUCGGUCAUCGAAGAGGUCCGCAAACAUCCCGAUGUCGAAUACGUUGAGAAGGAUUCCGUUGUAAACACAUUAGAAGACCCUUCGGGCGAGGUUGAGAAGAGCGCUCCUUGGGGUUUGGCUCGUAUCUCCCACAGAGAUUCCUUGACCUUCGGCACAUACAACAAAUACUUGUAUGCCGCCGAUGCGGGUGAGGGAGUCGAUGCUUAUGUUAUCGACACCGGAACCAACACUGAACACGUUGAUUUCGAAGGUCGUGCACACUGGGGCAAGACCAUUCCAUCUGGCGAUGCCGAUGAGGAUGGAAAUGGACACGGAACUCACUGCUCCGGUACCGUUGCUGGUAAGAAAUAUGGUGUUGCUAAGAAGGCCAACGUCUACGCCGUCAAGGUUCUUAGAUCAAACGGUUCCGGUACCAUGGCAGAUGUUGUAAAGGGUGUUGAAUGGGCUGCCAACGCCCACACUGAAAAGGUUAAGGAGGGAAAGAAGGGCUUCAAGGGUUCUGUUGCCAACAUGUCUCUCGGUGGUGGCAAAUCUCCAGCUCUUGACCGUGCCGUUAACGGUGCCGUUGAUGCUGGUAUCCACUUCGCCGUCGCUGCCGGUAAUGACAAUGCCGAUUCUUGCAGCUAUUCUCCAGCUGCUGCUGAGAACGCCAUUACUGUCGGUGCUUCCACUAUCGAUGAUGCCCGUGCCUACUUCUCUAACUAUGGUCCUUGCAACGAUCUCUUUGCUCCUGGUUUGAACAUUCUCUCAACCUGGAUUGGUAGCAAGUACGCCGUCAACACCAUCUCUGGUACUUCCAUGGCCUCUCCCCACGUCGCUGGUCUCUUGGCCUACUACCUUUCCCUCCAACCAUCUAGCGACUCUGCUUAUGCUGUUGCUGAGAUCACCCCUAAGAAGUUGAAGGAGAACAUCAUCGCCAUUGCUACUGAGGGUGCUCUUUCUGAAGUUCCAUCUAACACUAAGAACGUUCUUGCAUGGAACGGUGGUGGAUCUUCCAACUACAGCUCCAUCAUUAAGGCUGGUGGAUACGUUGCCAAGGCAUCCAAGGAUGUUCCAACAACUGUUGAACUCUUGGAGAAGGCCAUCGAGAAUGACUUCAACGUUCUCUCUGGCAAGGUUGUCAAGGGCACUGAGUCCAUGGUUUCUAAGACCGAGAAGCUUUCCAAGAAGAUCCAAAAGAUGGUUGAUGAGGAAAUCAACGAAUUUUUUGAGGAAUUCAGCUCUUAGAGUUAGAUAAAUCUCGCCACAUAUUUUGGCAUAGAUCUCGAUGGACAUUGUCCUUCACCAUUUCUUUAUGAGUUUGUUACGAUGGUCAUGGGUCGGAGCUGGAUGGAUGUUUCUAUAUGCAUCUUUUGAUUACUGGAAUUUUCAUUGCGUUUGCGGAUAGGAACACAUUAAGGGGGUCUCGUCGUAAGACUAAUUAGACCAGUAUUUGUAUUAAAUUGUAUCAACUCGUUAUUUCUAAUAGCAUACCUUUCAUGAUAAUGUAUUAUUUCGUGACUUUUGAGUAGUGACUUCCA